AUGAGUGGGAAUAGGAGACACCGGAACGAUGACGGCGAGAGCCGUCAAUCCUCAGAUCUAGAGAACUGUCUAUCGGGCUUGAACGGAUCUCCACGCUAUGAUCGGAUGACGGAUGCCAAAAUCGAAGUCAUUCACAUGAAUUGUGUGAAUACGACUGCUGUGCGGAGGGUUUUCCAGAAGCAUGCGAUGACUCUGGCACAUUCCCUGUGCAGCUACCUUCUGAACUGUCCGUCCGAUGAGACUUCGAGAUCCUACGUCACCGACAUCUUAGCUUAUGUUUCGCGAAUCCUGAUCGAAGAUGAGGUUCCUCAGCUGCAGGCAUAUCUUGAGGUUCUGGCGAAGAACGUCGACAUGCCAGGAGAUCUGUGCAAGAUCUCCAUUCUGAAUGCGAUCACAAAAGUCUCGAAGUAUCUCUGGAAGAAUCAGAUGCUAUCGAUCGGUGCCGAAACGCUGCUCGGAACGCUGUAUCAAAUGCUGGAACAAACCAACAAUCCUGCCGUCCUGAAGCCUAUAAUCGAGGGUUUCUUGUAUUACGCGAAUGACGAAUCCAUUUUCUCACAGUAUUUCAUGGAUGUUUCUGACAUAUUGAUUGGCUGGCAUGUCGAUGGCUCCGCUGGACAAGAUCUUGCAUUGUUCAUGGCCUCCUCGCUGUCGGCCAUGGCUCCAUAUUUUUCAUCGGAUGCGAGUUUCUCGGUCAGUCUCAUAAAGCAGUUCCAAGAGGACAUCGCGUCGUUCCGAGAGAGUAUCCUGAAAGGACACAGUGACGUCAUCGACAAACUUUGUUCCAUAAUAUUGGUGAUGACGAACAUUGCCAUUGCCGUUCAAGAUCAAGUAGAUAUCAAGGUCAAAGCUCCGGAAUUAGUGCAGAACCUCUUGGCCGUCCAAAAGUACUUGGACGAGUCGCCCAAACUAUUGGGAUUCUUGACGGAGGCGAACGUCAUGUGUUCCUCGCUCUUCGUGCUCAUCAAUGAUUGCCCAGAAGAUGUUUGCUCGUUCCUGACACUACAGCUCAAUCACGCGCCCCGUUUCAAAAUCCAGACUCGUUACCUUGAGGGUCUCUUGAGCCUCGUCUCACUUGUGAUCGGCAGUGGAGUUGAGGGCGAAGUUCUUAUGAAACUCAUGCAUUCUCUCUUCUCUCCUCUGGGAGCUUUGUACCAUCUCCGAGCGAAUCGGAACAUCCGAAUCCAGGAGAGAUUCGCUGAGGUGUGUCGAGACCUAUUGGCGUUGAAAGAUGUUGCUCUGGUGCAAGGAGCUUUCGAACACCUCAGGAACGAUCUUCGGAGUUCCAAUGUUUCGACCGCUCUGGCAGCCGUCGAGGCGCUGAAAGGAAUGGCGGAAACGAGAGAUUCAAUAAUACCGAUACUCGCUCUGAGGCCGUCUCUCUUCGAACUCCUCCAUUCGCUGGUUGGGGAUCCGAUGGUUGAGGAACGGGUCAAGCCUGAGAUCCUGAAGCUCCUCCGAACGCAUUCUGCAAGCAGAGGACACUUCAUCAGUACCUCCGAUCUCAUAGGACCGUCGACGUCGAUAUCUGCGAAUUACUUGAGGAUGGUCAUCGAACUCAUGAUCUCAGAGCUGCCUGCCGGAGGUUAUACAACGCUCUACGUCCUUAUGUGGCUGGAGGAUCUGGUGUCGCACACUGCCCUAUCAUCGAGCGAUCAGUUAGCGCAGUCUCCGAUAAUGAGCAAGCUCGUGAAAGCCUUGACCGACUUCAUAAUCAAACAAUGGAAGGAUACAAUGGCGGAGAAAGCGAUGAUUUUGCUCCAUAAAUUAUUGUUCCUCGAUGGAUGGACAUUUAGUGAGGAGGCUCUUAGCGCCGUUAAACAGCUCGGGGUCCUCACAUCCGAAGACAAAGAGGUCGUUGAGGCGAUUUCCCUGACCGGAUCGACCGAAGACCUAAGCCAGAGACACGAAUGGACAGGAGCUCAUUUCGUUGGCUUCAAAAAAUUCAUGACAUACGUCUCGGGCAAAGCAGAGAGAUUAUCCAAUUCACUUCUAUUGCGGCUGUACAUCAAGAGUGAAGGCGACGGAAGUUCGUGUGUGCCUUGCAGCGGCGUUCUCUGGACGUGGCUGGCAUGGCAGAGCGCUCACUAUCUGGUACAUAACAAAUUGAAGAGUUACCUCGGGAAACCCAUCGAGACUCUGGGCUUCGUGGAAGCUGUUCUGAAGAGCACGCUGGAUGAACACCGAGGCAUCAUGAUCUUGAAGUUCGUCGAUUAUCUUGAAAGGUGCAUGUAUCUCGCCUCGGAAGGAACAGUCACGGUCAGCAAUACAUUUUCCAAGGCGUGUCGUCAGUUUUUCCACACGAACAGAAGCGUUUGCCAGGAAUGGCUACAGAGACUGAGAUCGCAUAUAACGAGAUUAGCCCUCAAUCGCUCGCAACCUCAUUUCGCUCUGUGGCAGGUCGAAUCUCUCUUUGAGAACAAGACCAUAUCAUUGAAUCAAGAUCAGUUGAGCUUCUUCGCAUCCCUGUACGUGAGAUCGGCGAUCGAACUGAAGGCUCCGAAUCGCUUGCUGAGUUUCUCGGGUUUCCUCUCGAACACCCAGAAAGUUUCCGAUUCACUCGGACAAUGGCUCAAGGCCAGUGCUCUGCACGCAGGGCAGAAGUUCGAAGUCGCUCUCGGGAGCUACGAGAAACUCAAGCUGAAGGACAACUCGAUUCUCUCCGAAAUACUCAGGGAUCAAAUCAAAGGAUGCCGGAAGAGUCUACAAGUUUGUGAGGAAUUGGUGAAUUGGGAUGAAGUUAAGGUGAAGAACUUCGUUUCCACACAACGCAAGAAGUCCAACCUUAACCUAGCGUUCGAUGCUUUGCGCAAAUUCGAGAAGGUGGAGGACGACGGAGUCCCUCUGAUCGAUAUGGACCCGGAGAGGAGAGCUGCGAUCCGCUUCGACUCCGGCAUGGCCAAUCGACAAUUCAGCAAACUCAUCCAUGCUUUAGAUGGUUGGGAGGCAGCCAUCACAAUAUUAUCGGGCGGUGAAGUCAAAGAUGUGCGCUCCCUGGUUACUCUCGCGAAACUCAUGCAAUCGCCCCCCGACAAGAAGCUCGAGAGUCAAAGUUCUUGGCGAGUGGGGAUGCUGUUGAGGCAAGCGUGCAAACAGCAGCCCGAUUACGCCAAGGCGUACUUCAAGUUCGCCGACUGGUCGUACCGAUGUGGCAAGAAGGACAUUGAGUCUGGAGACACUCAGAUAACCGCCACGGACCAGAAACUAAUAUCGGACAGCCUCUUGCCCCUCGGUCUCCACCAGCUCGUAGCUCCCAUGUGCUCGAUCAUUGGUCGUGUCGAGUUCUGCGAUUCCGGGAGCUGUGGCUGUUCUUCGAAGAAGCAGAAGAUUUCUGACAUGUUGCCUGCGACUCUCCCACCUGCCACCCUUCAGGCUGCUACAGACGAGCUCUACGAUAUCGAGUUGCGCAUCCAGCAGAGGGUUUUCGGCCAUUAUCACACGGCAUUAGAUUCUUAUUUCCAUUUUUUGAAAUUGUCCCCGAUGGGCUCAGACGCGACCCAGGUCGAAGCGACUCUUCGUCUGCUCCGAUUGAUCGUCAAACACGCUCACUCACUGCAAGAUACGCUGGAGAGCAACAUGAGCGGGAACAUUGUCACUGAACCUUGGCACGCAAUCAUCCCGCAAUUGUUCGCACGUCUCAAUCAUCAAGAAGUUUACGUGCGGAAAACGCUCAUCCGAUUGAUUGGCAGAAUUGGGGAAACCUCACUCCAGCUUGUUGCGUAUCCCGCAAUUGUCGGUGACCGCGCCGCUCGAGAAGAUAAAUUGACCAAUAUACGGCGACUCCAGCAGGAAGAGAGUCAAGAACUGAGCCAGAGUGGUGGCGACACUCAGGAGGAUGACGGCGAGGCUAUCGCGGUCGAGGAACUCGACGACACCUCGAAACAAUCCUAUGCCGAAAUUUGCAUGGCACUCAGACAGGAAAACCAUGUCAAAAUGAGCGAGAUAGAGGUAUUCGUUCGUGAGAUGGAGAGGAUCUCCGUUCUUUGGGAGGAAAAGUGCAUCACGGCGCUCACCCAACACUACGCCCAACUCCAGCAGCCUGGGGGUCAUCAAACGUGUUUGGAUCUAUUGAGGAACUUGAAGGCUCUGACCCUGGAUGCUGGCGCCGAAACUCCGCACGAAGAGUGGUUCCAAGAGAGCUUCCGCUCCAGUCUCAUGAAGACCGUUGAAAUAUUCCAGAGCUCGCGGGAUAUCGAUACUCUCAAGAAACAAUAUAAAUCACUGUGCGCGACACUCAACAACAAGAUUCAAGAAGAUAUUCAGUCUCAUCUGAGUAUGGCGGUGAUUUCACCGCGUCUGGCUUCGCUCCGGAACACGGUUUUGCCCAUACCUGGCCAAAGCGGCAAAACCGUUUCGUCUGUAGCGUCCACGGUGCUGGUUCUCCCGACGAAGUCUAAACCGAAGAAGUUCUCGCUCAUAGGCAACGACGGGGUGCGAUACACGUUCCUUUUCAAAGGUCUCGAGGAUUUGCACCUGGACGAACGCAUAAUGCAAUUCAUUUCGAUAUCGAACCGAAUCCUGAGCAAGCGGUUCGGUCAGAACAGCUAUCUUGCACGAAGCUACGCCGUGACUCCGAUGGGGCGACGGUCCGGCUUGAUACAAUGGAUCGAUCAAUGCGUGCCCCUCUUCACGCUCUACAAGCGACAUCAAGUUCUUUCCCAAGGCUACGCGACGCGACCGACCGAAAUGUUCUACAGCAAACUGAUCCCCAAACUCAACAAGACCACGAUCCCCACCGACAAACGCCGGGAGUGGCCGAAGCAAAUCCUCGUGGAAGUCUUGGAGGAACUCACCAAGGAAACCCCUGGCGAUCUCUUGCUCAGAGAGAUUUGGGCAGCUUCGGCGAGUCCGGCUCAGUUUUGGGCUCGACAGAACUCUUUAAUCAAUAGCGUGGCCGUGACCUCGAUGAUUGGUUACAUUAUCGGGCUCGGUGAUCGACAUCUCGACAACAUUUUGCUGGACGUAAAAUCCGGUCAUCUCAUCCACAUUGAUUACAACGUCUGCUUCGAAAGAGGAACUCAACUGCGCGUCGCCGAGCGAGUUCCAUUCCGAUUGACCCCGAUAGUGACCGAGGCACUCGGUCUGAACGGUUUGAAUGGAGGCUUCAAGGUCGCAGCCGAAAACAUUUUACGAACCUUACGGCAGAAUCGCGAGACGCUCCUCACACUCCUCGAAGCCUUCGUCUACGACCCUUUGGUCGACUGGACUGUCGGUGGGCAGGCAAGCAGCAAGCCAAUGACCUCGAUGAAUCUCAGUUCGGCGGUCAAAGCGCUCAUCGGCAAUAUUUCCGAGGAGAGUUUCCUGCAGAGUCUCAUCAAGGUCGAACAGGAGCUGCGGGCUAUCUGGAACGUGGUCACGGCCAAUGUCGUGGGAUGGUGUGAGCAUGCCACGUUACUCCGGGACAAAAUCGAGCUCCUCAACGCCUUGCAGGAUUGCCCGACCGCCCUCGAUGAGGUUAAGAGUGUGCAAGAAAGGUUCCAGCUGCUCCGGAAACUCAUCAGGGGCAAACAGAUUGCCGGCUUGUACCUGACCUCAGAUGAUCCUCUAAUCCAAAUAAUGGCGAAAUUCACCGGCCAGACGAUUUCUCUAUGGCAUCAGUGGCUCACCCAUGUCGUAGCGAAUGUCGACCUCCAGUCGGUGCAACAAACGCUGCAGCGGUUCCAUUCGAAGAGCAUCGUCAACCCUGAGACCAUAAUCGCCGAUCUCGCAUACCUGACCGAACAAUCGCAGAUGUUUAGCGCGGAAUCGUCGACGAACAGUUUGUUCUAUCCGCGUGUCAUCUAUGAAUCAUCGGCUCCAAUCGCAGCGCGUCUCAUCGACAUGCUCGAUUCGUUCAAAAUCGACAUCGUACCUCGUCUGAUCGCUAUUUCGGACUUCGACUACGUCCACUCUCCGCUAGAAUCUCUGGUCGGCGAGGGCAUGGAACUCCUAUCGAGCAUGAUCGCCACAUCGGACUGUGACGAAAUCGCGGAGAAACUCGAGGCGGAAUACGAAGCGCUGAUCGCUCCGGCGGCGAGUCUCGCCUCGCCGCAACAAGCCCUCCUGCUCGAGCUCGAUUCGCUCUUCGGAGAGCUUCGUUUCAUCGAAAAACUGCAACUCAUUCACGGGCUGUUUUCGGUGCUGCAAACGGUGCCGUCCGGAGCGAGUCGUUUGGCGGGAAUAUCCGCAGUGGUCGAAAACCUCGUGCUGCCGAUGCUCGAAGUACAGCCUGAUGCACCAACCGCGGAAAUUCCGCCUUCGAGGAAAGCGAGGGACUCCAAGAUGAUUCACGCUCUGACGGCCAUAAUAAACUCAACGCUGGACGAUCCGAUGCCGGAUAUGCCGUCGAUGAAUUCAGUCAGCGGGGAACUCGCUGAUCCCGACGACAUUGAAUCGAAGCAAACUAUAUGCGAGACAAUCAUCGUCAACAGGGAAGCUAUCCUAGAGGAGAGCAUGUCUGCAUGUACGAUUCUGGCCGAGCCGAGUCACUCCCGAAUCGCCAUGGAAGGGGACCUCACCGACGUAACUCGAGAGCAGCUGAUCGACGAGACCUCGAGGGCCGUUCAGGAGCUGCGGAUACAGACUGAUGUCUUGUGGCAACCUAUCGGCGCGGCGCUCCAAGACGCGGACGUGAAGCUUCAAGGACUUGUGGAAUUGAUAGCAUCCGUUCGCUCAGCCGAGCACACCGAAUUCCUCAUGAGAAAUGCUCAAUGGCCUGAACUGCCCUUCAGCCCGGUCAAGGUUUGCUUCGACACGAUUGGUCAAUUCAACAACACCUGUCAGUGUGCUCUGCGAUCAUUCGCUGAGCAGCAGCCGGAAACUGUCGAUCUGCAAAUGGUGCACGAAGCCUCCGAGCAGAUCGGAAGUGUCUACCACGUAUUCGAGGUUCUUCGAGAACAACUUCAGGAAUGCAGGGUCGUGGAUCUGCUCGAGAGCAAAGGCGAAGACGUGAGAAAUCGUCAGGGAAUGCAGAUAUGGAAGAAGGUCAAAACCAAACUGGACGGUCAGGAUUUCGAGAAGACCAAGAUGAGCGUUGCUUCCCAACUCGAACGAGUUAUCCAAGAAGCAACCAACGUUGGCAAUUUGGCGCUCAUGUACGAAGGCUGGACUCCGUGGGUUUGAGCGAUCAAGCAUCAUCGAGCCUCGACCGCAUCAGACCAACCCAAGGGAACGGGAAGCCUCAACCCGCACAGGAUGAGUUCCUCGAUACCAACAUCCAAUGAUAUGUUCAAUACUUUCGAGUGGACUUGGAAAUCCACGAGAUGUUUUGGACAAGUGUCGCGUAGUUCUUUCAAGCGAUCCACCGGAUUCGAGUCUCGUUUGGAAUCCGACGCUUGAAUCGAGCUGGACACCGAAGUUUCUCAGGAGACGGCUCUCCCACUCCGCAUGUGGGGGGGAUAUGAUUCCUGUGAUAAUCUUGCGUCACGGACUCUUGGAGCAAGCCUCUCCAUGAGGGGAGCACCGUCGCAACGUUGAGCAGCGGUUCGGAGAUCCCACCAUCGACGCACUCAGCAGAUGAAUUCCUCUAUAGUGUGACGUUCGAAAUAUGCCGAGAAGGAGAAACAUGCAAUCAGAGGCAAAAGGUAAAAUAUUCGGGGGAACGCGAAAAAGUUGUGAAAAUUAUCAGAAAAGAAAAGAGUUCCGAUGCUCGAAAAUAUGUGAUCCGUCUGGAAUGAAUCCUCAUGAAAAUUAUUCACUUCAGCGAUCGCGAUUUGGAAAAUAAAUUAUUC